AUGCUCACAAGCCCUAGAGAAGAAUUUGCAGACUCGGGUGAUGAAGAUGAUAAGGACGUUAUCGAUCAAUUUAAAAAGCUGAUACGGCUUUCUAGGAAUUCAAAACAAAAUCAUAGGAAUUUUGCAAAAACUGAAAUAUCAAACAAUAUGAAUUUUGGAAAGAAUAACACUACAAGUGAAAAGGAAGAAAAAGUCAGUGGUAUAGCUAAUAUGGUGAUGAAACGGUUAAUGAUGGGAAAGUUUGUUACACAAGUCAGGCCUCAUUUUCUCUCUGCUGUUCUAUAUUCCGAUGAGAGUAGAGAGGACGAUUGUUCAUCAGUAGCCAAUGUAUUGUACUCUCGACUCGUUGAUUCAAUUUCAAAAACUUCUAGGUCGCAAACCAUUGUUCUUAAUGGAAAAACAACAAGAAAGAGAGUGAAAACAACAUUAACCUUGUUGAACCUUUUAUUAGGAGCAAAAGGUAGUGCAUCUAUUGCUUCCGAACAGCUUUCGUUAUUUUACAGAUUUGGUUCAACUAGUUUGGAACAUGGAGAGUACUUGAAACCACUCUUUGCUUUCAAUAUUGGAAUUACAUUCAAAACUGAAAAGGGUUCGUCACAACUAUCAGCUCUCGAUUUUGAUGUGGCUGCUUCUCUUUUCAAUAGGUUUGAGAUUGAAUAUUUACUUGAGAAGAAGAGUCCUUACCAAACAGCUGUUCAAUGUAUUGUAGAAAGAAUUGAAAUAUUCAAAGACUUGUUGUGUGCACCUUCAAAAAUGUUAGAACCUCUGCUGGGCCAAACUUUUGUUGAAUUGAAAUAUUUCGCUUUCAUUAAUAACUUGAAAAAGGAGGUACCAAUGUCAGAGUCUAGGUUUUAUGAUUUUCUCAAGAAUAUUAAGAGGGCUCUUUUGUGUUCAACAAGAGAGAUUAAUACUCUUCUAAGAACGUUAUCCAUCAUACUGCUAUUAUUGGAUUUGGAAGAUAACACAUCAUCUGAUGCUUUCAAUGAGGCUAUAAAGUCUGAAAUAGAAAGCCAUUUGGAAACAUUUGACUCUGAGUUACUGGGUCAAAUAUGUGAAAUAUUACACAUGGAACAAUUUGAAGUAUUGAAAAGUGUUGGAAUGAUGAUAGACAAUAAGAGAGAAGAGCUAGGAUUUGCGUUUACCAAGUGCACUAGUUUUGUUUGUAUUUUGGUUGAAUCACUAUUCAGAUGGAUAGGACAAAAAUGUAAAAAAGCAUCAAAAGAUUUUGUAAAUAGUAUUGAAAUUGAUGAGAAUCUUGAAUGCGAAAAUAUAGCAGCAGUUCACAUUAUAAGUUUCCCAGAAUUGUCAGCAGAAAAGAACAUCAUUUAUUCCUUUGGAGAUUUAUGGUGUAAUGCCAGUUCUGAGCACGCCUACUCUUGGGCUUUACAAUUUUUGGUAGAGGAUAUUUCAACAACCCAUACAAAGGAAGGAUUUGUGACUGAUCCUCUUAUUGAUAUUUUAGAAGGUUCUUCAAGCAGAGAAAUUAUUGACUUUUUGUUUGGGAAUACUGGUUUAUUGUGUUCCUAUCCUUCUCUUUCAGAUACAUCAACUUACCACGACAGAAAGGAUGCUAUAGAUAAGGUUAUUUUCUUCUUCCGUAAUAAUUCAUAUUAUGGACUAAGCAGUGUAAAUAUGGAUCAAAAUGAUGGAAAUCACUACAUGAUUAACCAUUCAUUUGGAAAAUUCAAAUAUGAAGUUGGUUCAUUCUUUCCAAAAUAUAUCAAUGAAGAUGUCCAGCACCAAAUAUUGAAGGCUGGAAUACCAAGUGUUGAAAUAUCUGAUCUACACAAGGAUUUCCUUCAUUCAAUGAAGAGUUUAUUCUCACCGACUGCCUUGAACUCGGAUCCGACUUUUGUAACCUUUUUCCAUUUGAAAACCAAUACAUCAACUAAUGAUUUAAUGCAACAAAUGAUUAAUAGCCAAGUUAUGACAGUCUCUGAUGUAUGUGAAAAGUCCUUUGAUGUUACUCUUUCGAAGAAAUCAUUCUGGAAAGUUUUUCAUCCACUUUCAUACAAAAAGUUUUCAAAAGAUACCGCUCUUGACCUGGCAGUUUCAAAGAUACUUCUCCACUCUAUUGGAUUUCAAAAGAGUGGUCAAACACAAUUUUAUUUUAUUGGCAAAUCCUCAGUUAUGCUUAAAAGAGAUACUUACGAAACAUUGAGAGCGCACGUUUUUGAUGUUAUGAAUGAAGCUGCAACAGUUAUUCAAAAGUUGUGGAGGCGCUAUAAGUUGAAAAAGAAAUUGAGGGAAUCUAUUAAGGAGGCUAUUGAAAACAACAGGAAAGAAAUUAAAAAGAAGCCCUCUCCUCAAAAAAUUGAAAUACCAAAUGAAGAAGUGCUGUUUUCAAAGCCAAAGAUGGCUGUCAGCACCACUCCUCUAAGCGAAAAGAAGAAGAAACUUCAAAAGUCAUAUGCUUAUGGAUUAGUAAAAAGAAAAGAGGCAAUUAAAAAGAGAGCCGCUUCUCCAAUGAAGAAACCAAAGCCACAAAAGGUAGAAAAGGUGGAUAUCGACACUCAGGUAUCUGUAAUUCAAGCAUUAAUUCGUGGUAAAUUGGCAACCAGACAUAUGUCUAAAAAAGUUGACCUUAGUUUAAAGAUCCAAAGAUUGUACAGAGAAAAGAAGAGGAAUGAUAUUGAAAGAGAAAUAAGAAAAAGAAAGAUUAAUGUGAUAAAAAAGAGAAACGAGCAAAAGAAACAUGAGAUUGAAAAAUUGAAUGUUGCCGCUAGGAAGAUUCAACAAGCAUGGGUCAACUAUAAGGAAAAUUAUUUUCAAAAACAACUAAUUGAGGCAGUGAUCAUAAUUCAAAGGGCUUGGAGAGCUUACAAGUUGAAAAGGUCAUUGAAAAUUCUUCUAAAGAUAAGACGAGAUGGAGAGAGAAGGAAGAAAGAAUAUGAAGAAAGGGAAAGAAGACUGAAAGAUAAAGAGAUGCAAGUUGUAAGAGAAACCAAAGAAUUGGAAUAUCAAAAACAUAUACUUGAAGAAAAGGAGAAGCUUUUUGUGAAACAGCACAUUGUAGAUAAAAAGCUGAAGGAAAAGGAAGAGCAGGUAUGGAAUUCAUUACAAGAAAUCAGCAAUAGUCUGAUUCAUUCAAAUAGAACUCAACUACCAUUAAGCAGCCCUCCUCAACCACCUUCGAAAAUUAGCAAUCUUCCACUGCUACCUUCAAGUCAGCCAAAAAGACAGUUGGAUGAUUCAUCAAAAGUUGCAACUAAAAUGAGAGAAUCAUCAGUGAGAACAAAAACCAAUAUCACAAACGUGUCUAAUAACUCAGAAGAUAACUCGAGUUCUAACAAGAAAAUUUCAUAUGCAGACCUGCUAAAAGAAGCCUAUGGAUCAGCAUUCGAAUCGAAAAUUAAACCAAAACCUCCUUCUCUGAAAAAGGUCAACAAGACAGAAUCAGAAAUUGACAAAUCAAAGAUUGCAUCUCCAAGAAAAGUCACUACCAAUUCCCAAAACAAGAGUACCAUUAUUACAAAUAUUCCAACAAGCAGAGUAGUUCCAAAACAACCAAUACUUGAGCGUCAAACCCUUAAUACUUCAAAAUAUCACCCUAGUACCAUAAUAGUUCCAGAAAAAGCAAUGAAACAGAUGAUUGAACGUAAUGAAAAGAAGUCCAAGAAACCUAAUGAAACGUGGAAUCAAUGGAAUUUGCUUGUUCAGGAAUUAUCUAACGAAUUUAAUCCCUAA